AAGGCUGCUUUGAUUAUUCCAUUCAUCAUUCUUAAAUCAAGAAAAUUUGUUGCACUUUACACAAUGGGAAGUGUAACAUUUAUAGGAAGUUUUUCUUUACUUUGGGGUCCUUAUCAUCACCUGAAGCAUCUUUUGAGUUUGGAAAGAUUGCCAUUUAACUGUAUUUUGGCUCAAUUUCACUACCUAAUAUUUGCCAUUUUUAUAAAGAGUAUGUUCUUAACACUAAUUUGUGCUAUAAUUCAAGUCAUCACAUUGACAUGGUACAUAAUAAGUUAUCUUCGAGGAACAGCUGGUAUGAAAAUAAUGUCAAGAUUUUUCUCGAAUGUGGCCAUUAAAACAGUCUCAAAAACAUUACCUGUAUAAAAAUGUACAUAAAAAUUAAGUAGAGAUCAAUGAAAGUCAAACUCUUCAUUCCUCUUUUUAAUUUAGGAUUAAAAUUGUUGGUACACAUGAAACAUUAAA